ACAAAAAAAAAAAAAAAAAAAACUUUGCCCGUUGGCUUUUUCCAACACGUCACCGAACAACUUUUUCACUUUGGAAAAAGUGUUCUCUCAUUCAAUUCUCCCUGCAUCUGUGGCGAGCAUUUGCUCGACUGCAUUAGCUCUAUCGUCGUACCUUUCCCUUGUGCAUACCAUACUCCAAUGCCCGUUUCCCUAAAGUCUGUUCUUGAUUUUUUGGAGAAGGAAUUUCCGUGUCACCAUCUCCAUGCAUGACUCCACAGCCUCUCCUGGCAGUUCUCUGGGCCCGGAAGGGUUUGCAACGUCUGCAGCUGGCGACGCACCAACGACUGUAGCUUCAGGCCCUGACAAAAUAAGCCUGGAUUCCGAUGGUACCGACGAGAUGGGCAGCAACAGCUCCAUCUACAGAGAUGGCCAAGAUACCACAGCGACAACGGAUGCUUCCUUUCACUCCAAAUCUGACCACAGCAUUCCCGAUAGCCUAUCAGCCGCCUCAGACGAACAAACCAGCGAGCCGCACCGACAACUCGACCACCUCCAAGAUGCACAAGAACAGCCGUCUCGCAAACGAAAAACGGACGAUCGACAAGGAGAUGGAGAGCCAAAGCAGGAUGAUGAUAGACUUGGGCCAGAGACCACUGCUGAAAGGUCCAAAAAGGUGAAGCUGGAUUCUAUCACAGGAACACCUGCUCCUGCAGCGAAGGAACCCCUUCCACUGGACCGCUCUCUUCUACCUGCUGAGAUAUGGCAUUAUAUCUUCACCUUUUGUCCCCCCAAAACUCUUGGGAAUCUCAUGGGUGUCAACAAGUUGUUCCACUCAUAUCUCGAUCCUUCGUCGUGCACACCAUCAAUAUCUCAGGAGUCGUCCACGACUCUGCGUCUCGCCGUCGUCUUGAAGCCAGACUCGUUAUGGAAGGCUUCAAGGCGCGCAUUUUGGCCUUGCAUGCCCGCUCCUCUCAAGUCUAUGUCUGAACUUGACAUGUGGAAAUUGGCAUGCUCUUCAGCUUGCCAUCACUGUGGCAAGCGUGUCGGCAAUGCCGCCCACGCAACAACAGCGUCUUCCCCCGGACCCGGCAUGGACAGCGUCGCAGUUGUGUGGCCGUUUGCAACUCGCACAUGUGGACCCUGUCUCGUCAAAAACUCUGUCAAGGAGAUUGACUUACUGCUGUCUUCCUCUACUCCGUCGGCUCUGAUGGUUGCGAUUCCGUUUGUGUUGUUGACCGACAGGCUGGAUGCAUACUCAACCACCAUGGCCGAACGUGGGCUGCUACCAAAAGAAGCACAGUACACGAAACUCUUCUGGAAAGAAAGUGUGGAUCGGCUGAAAAAAGAGUUUUUGGAAGUAAAGGCGCUGGGUAUGGCCACGACAGAAGAGUGGCUCAAAGGACUCGAAGGCAGGGGAGUCGAGCUGCAGCAAGACUCAUCCAGAUGGGAAAAUUAUGCCAGCUCUGGUGGCAUCGACAGGCUACGGUCUAAGCUUUACAUCGGUUACGAGCCGGAGGCUAUCGAAAUCUCGAGUACUUCGAUCCCUACCCAAGCUCACAUCUCCGGAUCAGCCAGUGCACAAACAACCGUCAGUUCAGUAGCCAACUCAGCGGUGGCAACAGGCCUUGCCUCGCUGCCCCCUCGCACCAAUAUUGGAACCAAGCAUGAACGAACCCGGGAAGAGGUGGCAGAACUAAAAGCUGCACGAAGAGCUGAGAUAGAGCGGCGCGCCGCUUUAUUGGAUCCGCCUAUUCAGCCUACCUUGCUGGUACAUAUACCAUCAUUUCAAGCCGCCACACAGAUAAUCACACCGCUGGAUGACAGUAGUUGGGAAUUACUUAAACCGCGCCUGCUUGCACAAAGGGCAGAUGCUGAACAGCGGGAGAGAGAGGCUGCUUUACAGGCCACUCUGCAGCAGGAGCUAGCAGAACGCCGUAGGGCUGCAGACGCCAACAAGGACGACGAGGUGUCCGAUAGCGACUGGGACGAACUACAAGGACCCUUACGGGCUCGGAUCUCGCGUUAUGCUGACGACUUUAUAGAGAAGAAUUGGGACGAUGGCGACAAGGUUUCCAAGGACAUGUGCGGAGAGUUUGCAGCCAGCGUGCUACUGCACGUCCGGAAGCAGUUCUACGCGGAUGUUGCCAAGGAUGCCGCCGCCGCGAGGGCACUUGGAAAGGAACCAAUUGUUGACCCACCAAAAGGUCCCUUUACUCAGAAAUUGACGCUGGAGAACAUGAAAUGGAUCUUUGACGUCAAAAUCAGACCUCACACAGAGUCGCUCAGGAAGGAGCUUUUUCUGUGCAACGGCUGCGACGCCAAUUUUAAGUACUAUGGUUUUGAAGGCGUGGUUCAACACUACGCGGCCAAGCACACUGGUGCUCUCAGCCUCGGGAGCAUAGUGGUCUACUGGCGUGCCGAGUGGCCAGAAAUCCCACCUUUCCGCCCGAAUCCACGAGCAGCUCGGCAAUCGUACAACCAGGCACAAGCGCAAAUCGCUCAGCAGCAGAAGACCGGGCAAAUUCGUCAUGGCUACCCUCCUUACCAGAAUGGUCUUCCUUCGAUUCCUCCACAGCACGGACCGACGUAUCCCCCUCCUCCGGCUGCUGCACCCUAUGUUGCGCCCCCUUAUCCUGAGACCUACCAGGGUGGCGCGCCGGGGCCCUCGUAUGUGCCACCGAGCUUUGGUCCGGGCCAGCAGGUGUACGGUCCUCCGGCCUAUCAGGCACCUCCGGUGCCUUAUCAUCCACAGUACCCAGGGCCUCCUGUACCUGCCCCUGUUUACCCGCCUUCGGGAUAUGGACCGUCCCCUCCUAACAUUGCACCCCCUCAACCCGCACCACAGCCACCUGCGGGGGGAUAUAGCCACGGCCAUGGCACUUAUCCAAGCAACCCUGGCUAUGUUUAUGGUGGUGGCCAGCCAGGGGCAGAUCGCUAUCGUGUCCAGUUGGAAGAAAUGGCCAAGCUUUCCCGUGAACUAUGGAAUUCGACUUCGAGUGUUAAAGACCUGCCCGGAAGUGCGAGAUUGCAGGCUAUCAUUUACCACAUGGCGAAACGAUUCCAUGCUAAAUUCAACGAACCUGCACCGCUUACCAUGUUCAUCGAUGGUCUUUCAGGCAACAAGGACAUGAGACCGGUUCGAAAUGUAAAUGGUCUGCUGUGCAAGCUUUGCCAUACUGGUUACGUCAACCCGCCGCCAACAGAGCAGGAUCGCAAGUCGUUCUCCAUGCCACAGUUAGUCAAUCACUUCCAGAGCAGGCAUGUUGAGCCAGCCAUCGCCACAGGCCAGCAUACUCCUGUUCCUGAGUGGACCUCAGACAUGAUACUCCUCCCCGACCUUGCUGGAAUGCAAGCCCUUCGCCGAUCUGCCAGUAGCGACAAACAGAAGGAAAAACUACUGGGCGAGUCGCUUCCUCAGAUAUUCGAGGCUCCUGCUCCUCCCAGCAAUAACUCUCAUCUCGCACGAGAAGGCCGCUGGUCAAGUGCCCCUGAGACCGCCAAUUCACUGCCAGAUGCACCGCUCGAUAAACGUGACAAUUUCUAUGACUCGGGAUCUUUGGCUGCUGAUUCGCGGGCAAUGAACGGCCAUGCAAACGGAAAUAAGUUUGGGGCCAUUGGCGACGGGGCUCCCAAGUCCUCUCAUGGCGCUCAAUCGCAACAAGGGCAGGAUGGAAGGAACAAAAAAAGGAGGCACGGCAGCAAGGGCAACAAUAAUGGCCCCGGCACCUACCGGCCAGUUGAUGACUGGGCUCCACGGCCAAACAGGAGCGGACCCAAUGUUUAUGAUCCCAUAUAUGGCGAUGAAGAUUCACGCCGGCAGGGCGACGAAGUUCGUGGCAUGUGGGCAUCUGACAGAGCACAAUCAGUCUCUCAUGAAAGGCCAGCCCCAAUCGGCUCGGAACUUGAGAACGGCACGAUUAGGCCUCUUGGUCACUCUCGGCAGAGCAUGUCACUUUCCAGGCCCUCACUUCCUAGCAAGCCUCCCACCAAGGAGCUGGUUCCCAGCCCUACCUUCCGACAACAGCACCAACCGCCCACGCAUCAGGCACCCAACGCUUUUGAGCGAGAGGGCUCUGACCCGUUGGCAGCAUUGGAGCUUUACCUGGACCAGGAGCGUAAUCGCGCGGCUGCCAACAUGAGCCAGCAGCCCGCCACAAAGUCUUAUGCUGAUGACCCACGCAGGGACUCAGACACAUACCCGGGGCCCCAGACGCAGUAUCGGCGUUAUAGUAGCGGACGGGCCGAGGAACGACGUCGGUCUCGUUCCCCUGGUCCGAGAUUUGUCAGGUAUGCUGACGAGGCUCCGCCUGAACAUUACCGGGAACGAAGCCCUCCACCCCCACAUGGAGAAGCGCCAUACGGUCAUCGAGCUAGCCUUUCACAAGACAUGCCAUCUUAUGACCGUGUGCCGCCGAUGGCCUCUCGCGACUACUACGGAAUUCAUGAGGAGGAGCGCCGCUCCCGCCCGCCCGUCGAGUACGAAACUUACGAGCUCAUCAGGGCCCGUGACGCUCAGGGCGAAUACUACAUUAGAAGACCGGUAGUCAGGCGGGGUCCCGAACCAGAGCUGUACUACGCUGGCAGCAAUGCUCGCCCGCCUGCGGCCGAGAGAUCUGUGUAUCGCGAAAGUACCUACCCUACCUACGACCAGCCCGCAGGUGCAAACUAUCCUCCACCCGUGUCCCGUCAAUCCGCGCACUCGAUGUACGAUUCACGAGCACCAGCGCCUUUUGUCAGACAGGAGUCGGUUUCUCACCCUCGUCCAGAUGCUGGUUUUGCUGAGGAGUAUGACCCCCGUUACCCAACAGCCCCGCCUCCGCCUAUUGGUUCAGGCCGGCCGAGAUAUAUGUGAAGGUCCUUGGGAUAAAUUUGUGCGGUGACCUUUUUUUUUUGCAAAUGAGGAUCAACUUGAGAUUGAAGGAGAAAAAACCCAUUCAUGCACUACGACAGAUAUUUCAGCAGUAGUUGUCAGGAUACCAGCAGAUACAGCGGAGGAACCAUGUACAAGAGAUAGAAUGUACUUGUAGCCCGGUAUGGGGCCAACGAAUCACGUAAUUAUAAUGUAGAACAAAGAAGCAUCCAAUACUAUGGGAUGCAUGAUCUCAACACAGAG